AUACGUUCAAAUAUAUAUUUCAGAUUAUAUAUCAAAUUGAAGUAAGUUAUUUGUGUUUACAAGAUAGAAAGAAGAGAUAUGAAGGCUUGUUUGCCUUUUGUGUUCAUUAACACUGUUUUGGCAAAACAGAUUUGUAAUUUGACAUUACAACAUUCUGUAAUUGAUAAAUCAUCUGACCCAGGCAAAGUGUUGACUUGUGUUCCAUGUGCUGUCUGUGGUGCUGGGUCAGAGCCAAAGAUUAAAUGUGGAAUUACGAUAGAUGUCAAUCAAACUAUUGGUGAUUGUGAAGCUUGCCGAGGAAAUACUUUUUCACCAUCAAAAGAUGUCAACGAAUGUCAGUCGUGUGACAGGAAUGCAUCAUAUAUUGUAAAUGGAGAUAAAACUGCAUGUCUCCUGGUCAAUACUAACCUAAAUAGUACCAUUGCUCCACCCGUGAAGUCUAAACGACAAAAUGAAAAAACCUUGAUUUAUGUUGGAAUUGUUAUUGGUGUUCUUUGUCUCAUUGGCAUUGCUGUGCUUAUUCUUUAUGUCACAAUCCGUUAUUUUAGAAGACAAGAACAACAACAAGUCAUUUUUUCCAAUUCAUCAAACAAUAUACAUUGUCAAGAGGAAGCCAAAGAUGCAGGAACGGAAAUCGACAGACAAGAAUCAUGUUAUGAUUACACCAAAGUGUAAGGUGUAAAAACAUAAAAAAAUCAUGAUCAAAAGAUACACUACGUUCAUUUUUGACGAGCAAAUUGAAGAUGAAGAUAAUUUGACGAAGGAUCUUGAUUUGUUCAAGACGAACUUUUCAUUUUUAUUUAUUAGUUAUUGCACUACAACCUUUCAGGUGCCAAAUAGUAAAUAAUCAUCCUCACCUUUUUAGAAAAUAUUAUCACUUUAGAAAAAUAUCAUCAAAGUGUGUAGAAUGAGAAUUUACAUUGUAAAAUGAUCAUGACUGUAUGUAUUUCGAAUAUUGUCCAUUAGAUAUGUUUUUAUUUUAACCAUAUAUUUGUCAGAAACACUAGAAUUUCUAUUUUCUAUGGUCUUUUUUUAUAAUUAUUCAUUGUUCAAUUUAUACUUUACCUGAGGAAUUCCCAAAGAAACAGAAAAAUGCAAGUCAUGGUGUCGUCAUAUUUCAGUUGAUUAUUAUAAAUCACUGUAAUGGAACAAUAAGCUUUAUUCUCCUUCUUUUGCAUAAAAAUGUACAUAUAUUGGUAUGUUUGGAUCAGUGUAUUCUUCCUCACGGUAAAUUUUGUGUCAAUUUUCUCAGCUCCUGUGAAUCUCAGUGAGUGCAAGAAAAAUGAGUUUGGAAUUGUCAGCAAAAAUGGGAAAUUAACAUGUAGAAACUGCUCAUACUUGCCUAAAUGUCCAAAAGGUCAAGGUUUGAGUAUUGAUUGUGGUGACCUAGUGCCUUCCUCGACACGCAUUCAGUGUUUAAAAUGUAUUCCUGGAGAAACGUAUUCUGAAAAUUAUGACAGAAAAUCUUGUCGUCCAUGCAAAAGUGUUGAUUGUCAUUUAAACGAGAAAAUUAAUGGCAAAUGUGAGAUGAAUAGAGACACAUCAAGUUGUGGUGGAGUCUGUAAAACAGGAUAUUAUCCUGAAAAAAUAAAUUCCUUGGACAAUUGUAAACCAUGUUCAUUAUGUCCAGAUAGUCACACAACACGGAUAAAAAAAUGUGAAAAUGAUGGUGAACCUUGGGACAGACAAUGUCAUGUAAGGGUUAAUGGCACCAUUCAUCGCUUUCAGAAUCAUCCAGAAAUGAGGAAGAAGGGUUGUUUCAUGUUCUAUUGUAAUCUUGGCUGGUUUGUUUCAACACUAGCGCUUAUUGUGGUUGGCUUUGUUUGCAUUCUCAUAAUCAUUCAUAAGAGAUGCCGGAUGCCUCGUAAAAAUAAUUUUCCUGUGGUAGUCACUGGUUUUGGAGAGCCAGAUGUAGAAGGUAGACCCUCACCUGCUAUUGGUCUGAAUUCUAUGUCAGAUUCCCCUGACAGUAUAUCAAACAAUAAUGCUAAAGAUAUUCAAGUACAAGUGUAUCCUCAAAGUAAGAUGACACCAACUCAAAAUUCAGAUCAAAAAGAUAUGUCAUCUACAGGUUGUAGGAAAAGUAGUGCUUCAAGAAAAGUAAGUAACACCUCUGUGUUGCCUGGAGUUCCAGAACGAGAACCUGUCAAUUUGACUUCUGGUGACACCUCUUCAUCCAUGGGUCAGACAAGAAAUACAAAAUUGACAAGACAACAUUCCUAUCCAACAACACAUGAUGAAGGAAAAGAGCCAAAAUCUACGCGAAGAUUUAGUUUUGACUUUGCUCAAAGAAGAACUCGAAAAGAAAGUAAAGCCUCCGAAGACAGUGUACCUUUGAUAAAUGAAUUUGAUGAGAAGCAUCGUGAGGAACACCAUGAUCAGUCAUAUUUAAAUCUAAAUACAUUAUCUCGCAGAUUAUCAAUCAACCAAUUAAACUGUGAGGCUUAUCGCAAGCUAUGUAAUAAACUAAACGAUGAUAUGGGAAACAAAGACUGGAGAACAUUAGCAGGUAAUAUAGGAUAUUCAGCUGGUGAGGUUAGAGACUUCUCAAGAGAAAAGAGUCCUGCUGAUGCAUUGCUGCAAAGCUGGAAGACGACAAGCCAUGAACAUGAUAUUCCCGCUUUGAUAGAAUUAUUGAAGAAAAUGGAAAGAAAUGAUCUUGUGAAAUUACUUGAGUCACAACCAGAUAAACCAUCAGUAACUUGAAAUAUCAGUAAACAUUCAUAAUUCACUUAAAUAAUAUAUACAUGAACAAUUUAUAGCAUUAGGUGUUAAAUUAUACAACCAUUUUUAAUAAGUUUAGCAUUGACUGUCUAUCAUCUAGCAAUACAAUCAUUCAUUGCUUAGGUCUAUAAA